UCGAGCUCAGCUUCCGCAUCGGUGGGGUGGUGCAGGAGGGGUGGUUGCGGAGAGCGGACGCACAGUCCCCGACCGGCGAGUCCAGCCGGCAAGCACAUCGACCUGCAGCCUAAUUCUCAGCUCGUGGAUCGGACUCCUCGGUGGUGAAAGGUGGGCAGGACGUUCACGACGACCACGGCUUCGGGCACCAUGAAUCUCGCCGGCGUCGCAGUGCUGAUCCUGGCGUUCCUGGCGUUCCUGGCGGUGCGCGCGGAAUCCAAUCCAGCAGUCCAAUGCAGUACGUUCAACCCCAGGAGUGCCUCCUAUUGCCCCGAGGGACGAGGCUCCACGUGCAGAGUGGUAAUUAGCAAACAAAACCAGUACACCUACCCUGGCUGCGGAAGUUGCACCAAGACGGGUAACACGGUCACUUGCUCGACCAUCGGCAUCACGUUCCAGUUCACGGGGACCGAUCAGGUCGAAAUCUCGUACAACCCAAGGUUGAUUACGAGGGUGAACCAGGCGGCCGUGAGGUACGAAGAGAACAAAGAGUGCCGAACUCAGUCACGGGCGCCCUGCUCGAAUCCGCUCCGGCUCACGACACCCACAGUGCAAGGAAGACCCGGACCCGCAAUUUGCGAGGUCCAAGUGUGUUACAACCCCGUCGACUGUGGUGACGAAGGCAGCCUCUGUGGCGACCCCAAGAUCGUGGGAGGCGACGGCGUGAUGUUCUACUUCCACGGCUACAAGGGCGCAGACUUCUGCCUCGUGUCCGACAGCGACCUGCACAUCAACGCCCACUUCAUCGGCAUGCGGCCCGAGGGCCGCACCCGCGACUUCACGUGGGUGCAGGGUCUGGGCUUCGUGUAUGGCCCGCACUCCCUCACCGUGGGCGUGAAGAAGGUGGCCAAGUGGGACGCCACCGUCGACCAGCUGGAGUUCACGUACAACGGAAGGGCGUUCGAGCUGGAGGGGUCCUCGUGGAGGUCUGACCCCGACGAGACGAUGACGAUCAACCGCGUGGGCUCGAGGAACGCCGUGGACGUGGUGGUGAAGGACAAGAUGGGAGUGGUGCUGACGGCGCUGCCCAUCGGGCACGAGGAGAACCGAGUGCAUAAGUACGGCAUCGGCGAUGACGACUGCUUCGCGCACUUCAACAUGCAGUUCAGGUUCUUCAGCUUGUCCUCCAAAGUGAACGGCGUGCUGGGCCAGACCUACCAGCCCGGGUUUGUGAACCCCGUGAAGAGGGGCGUUGCCAUGCCGAUCAUGGGCGGAUCCGACCGCUUCAUCACGUCUUCCCUCUUGGCGACGGACUGCAAGGUGAGCCAGUACACGGCGACGGCCGUGGCACUCCGGGACAAGUCGACGCUGCCCAACCUGACUUCGUGCGGAAGCAGCGCCUCGGGCGCGCUGACGUGCCGCAGGUGAUUGGGAAUGCGGAGGACGCAGUAGGAGCUGCGCAGCGCCCGAGUGUGCGGUCGGCGCUCGGGAGGAUGACUCCCGGUGGGCAGGCGGUUCCGACGAGUGGAGGACCGGGCGGUCCACGGUCCAGUCGGUGGCGUUGGGGCUUUAGUGCAGGAUAGCGAUAGUAGACUCGUUUGCGUCACGUGUUGGACGCGCAAUUCGAUGCUCCGAUGGCGCAUGAGCCUCGGGAUGCUGAUAAAACUCAGUCGAUGUUUCUGGGAAGACAUGCGGCUGCUGUGGUUUGUACUUUGGGACUCGGCUCCGGUCGACAUGCAUGAAUCCAAAUUCGAAACCAAAUGUAGGUGUGCAGUGUACGGGCGCUGGUGAAGUGAUUGGAAAUGAUUGCAUGUGAGGGAGAUGAUCGCAUGGUUGAUGCUGUAAUCUUCACCAAGGAGGCAGCUGCUUCGCGCGUGUGAAGCAGCGCACUGAUGAAUCGAAUGGUUUUUCAUACUUA